CAGCGGGCCAGCGGCAGCGCCACCACCUAGAGGUCCUAGACUGUACCUACACCUCAGUCUGCGCUGCACUGGGCUGGAUACCCGGAGGUGGGUGCGUGGUGCCUAGCAGGUGGCAACCGCGACAACACCUGCUGGCGUCCCUGUCGCCGCGACAAUCGUCAACAAUCUCCGACGCUCUACACUUCGCCCACGCCCAUUGUCGAAAACCUUUGCCGACAAGACCGACAUCAUUUGCUCCUCCAUCGCUGCCCCAAGUAACCUGCACCUAAGCUUGGCGUCCGCGUUACAUCCGACCAACAGACCCCAAAGCAAACAGACCUCGCGACCCGACGCUCACUGCCCCUCACGCUCGACCACCCCGUCGUCGACCAUGGCGGCUUGAGGUUGUCGCCUCCAGCCUGCCCAGCUGUUGGAUCCCGUGUCUCAUCUUUCCUGCCGCUCAUCAAUACUUGGAACCGUUCUGCACUCCCUGGUGCAGCCGUCCGUCUUGAGCGUGCUGGCGCUGGCGCAGGCGCAACCCGCGAGCCAUGCUCUCCCAUCUGCGCUUCCAUCGUCGGGGCGCUUCCAAUCCGGCUUCGCCCUUGACCGACCAGCCGCAGUCUCUCUCGCCCCUCGGCAGCCAUGACUCCCCGCUCGCGCCCGACUCGGCCUCGCCCUCCGAUGCGCGCCCGCCCUCUUCGAGCUCUUCUGCUUUUCCGCCUGUGCUGCCUCCCAUUACCCGAGUGACCUCGGCCGAUGCAGACCUGCAGCCCGAGCGACGAGGGCCCGACUCGCCCGCAGCGAUGGAAUCGCGCCCACAGCAGGGACUACGAUCCCCUUACAAUGGCGACUCGGGCUUCAUUGGUGGCGUCGCCUUGCAGAAUUAUCGUCGAGACGUCGAGGCUCACAAGUACGCUCGGUCCGGCUCCAUCGACCUGUCCCACAACGAAGAUCAUGCACGGCGUCAGCGGCCCACGGCCGUGUCUACGGGCACAGACGGAGGCACCUCCAAAUUCUACGCAAAGUCCAUGUCGACCUUCAGUACACCCCUCGACCUACAGAACUCGGCCCCUCCCGGCGUGGGCAGACGACCGGCUGGAGCACGACUAAACAACGACGUUCAGCUGGCGUCUUCGGCAGCGGCUAAUCCAGAGCCGCAAAAGGGCAAAAAGGGUCUUCCGUUUCUGAAGAACCCCAUGUCUACAUUGCUCAUGCGCCGCAAGAAUAACCAGAAUGUUCCCGAUGUCCGGCCUCUGCCCUUGUCCGGCCCUCGGGACGAACCGAUAUACGACCCACGCAUCAAAGGCACUCGUGUCCAUGACUUCAGCGCCCCCCGACGCAAGCAACAUGCCCCGGGCCAUAGCCUCAUGACCGCUCGGUCGGGCUCGCAGACGGAUCUGUCCACUAACAAAGGCCAGCCCUUGGAAGGCAAGGGAAGCCGCGUCUUAGAAGCUCGUCAACCUCGCCAGACCAGCAACGCCUCUGAGUCAGCCCGCUCUGAGCCGGCCGCAAGCACGGCUUCCCAGUUGCUCUCAAGGUCGAGCGUGUCGUCACAGCCAAGCCGGGCUCCAUCCGUGGAGCAAAAGCUGGCUACGCCGGAAGGAAAGCCCGCGCCACCAGUGCCUCCAAAGGACGACAUUCAAGCCCCAUCACGGUCGGCUUCCACAACAUCGCCACCAGUGCCGGAUGAUCCCGAUACACAACAAACACCAAAGCCUGCAAUGUCCCAGCGGACCACCCGAUCAAGAAAUAUAUCACUUUCAGAGAUCUCCGCCGUUCCCCGACACAUGAAGAGUACGUCAUCACGAUUCAGUUUCGACAUGGUGGGCGCGGCCAAGCAGGAGAAGCUUUUAGAAGAACGUCAUCGCCAAAGAGAGCUAGAGAGAAAGGCCACCGAGGCUGAUGACCCUAGGGACUCAAGAUUUGAUGACUUUGAUGAGGAUUCUUUUGAUUACGACGCCAUGAUGGAUGACGAUGGUCUAGAAGAGCGAAUACCAGGCGUCAAUGCCGACUUUGACGACGACGAGGAGGUCUACGACGAAUCUGACCCUGAUAACGACCAAGACAACUUCGCAGGCUUCGUGUUUCAACGCUCGAACCCCACAUCUUCCCUCGGAAGCCCGCAGAGCAAUGGUAUGCUCAACACGCCGAGAGAUGCUGAGGGUAAGGCUAUUGGGUUUGCCAUGACCAAAGAUACCCCCAGCCUCGCUACCUUCCCCUUGUCGCCGAGUCUCCGCUUGCCGCUAUCAGACCAAUCGCCGACAAGUCAGGCUUCGGGCCUGGGCAUCCAGGAUGCUGUGGAGUCGAAACCGGUUGGUUCGCCAGAGCCGGUUCAAGGAGACGAUCUGUACUUCGACGACGGGAUGAUCGGACUCGAGGAUGAGUUUGCUGAGGAUCUGGCCGCAACUCCCGAAUACGAUGCAGCGCCGUUUGACGAGUCGAUAUUUGACAACAAUGACACGGAUCAGUUUGGGCGGCCGGUUCCAGGCGCGUUUGUCCAGGCUCAGUCGCAGCGUUGCACCGCUCCCCCCGGCCCUUCUGCCAAGCGAGAAUCUGAUAUCACGUCACGGCUCUCGGCGCAUUCGGGCACAUCGCAUUCCACUGCUCACACGUCUCUGAGCGCCGAUGUCCGCAAAGAAAGAGCAACGGCCGCUGAGCCGUCAGGUCAUUUCUAUGAUGAGCAAGAAGCUGACCCGGCGCAAGAGCCUGGCUUGGAUGGUGGUAUAUCACGGGAUCCCGUGGCAGCGUACCAAGCGGAGCUUGCUGCGGCGGCUCACAAGGCUGCUGCCUCGGGCAAAUUCCAACGCAGUGCUUCACCUUAUCAAAAUGGCGACUACGACGAAGACGACUAUGAGUCGAACCAGGUACACCAAGACGACGCGGUGCACCAGGACAUCGAUGAAGGAGACUAUGAUCAGGGCUUCGUGAACAUGGACGAUUUUGAACUCGACGAUGACGGUAUCAUAGCCGAGGCAAAUGCCAGCGCAUUGGCGAACGAUUCGGACGGCUGGUACGGGCAGGAAUUUGGCUUUUACUCAGCACCUUCUGGCCAGCUGCAUGGGUCUCAGGGUUCGGGCCCAUCAGAGUCUUCAGGCUAUGAAUAUGCAAAUGGCGGGUUUUUCGGGCCCAAAGGAAUGAGUGGCUUGGAUCGCAGCACGAGCGGCCGGAUGGUAUCAAGGGAACCCAAUCUGACGCCGAUAACAGAGCGGUCCGAGUACUCUAACCGCAAUUCCCUCAUGAGCAUGGGAUUCCCGCCUCUCAGCUCAUCGACGCCUGUCGUGCAAAGCCCUGGCCUCGCACAGUUGGCAAUGAUGGCUGACAGCAGCGAUGACCAGAUGACACUAUCGGCCCUGCUCCGCUUGCGAUCAAAAGCGUGGGGCGGCUCGCAGGUCAGCCUGGUGUCGAGCAAGGAGGGAUCGCCACGGUCAGACCGCGGCGACAUACCCAGCUCGCCUUGGGGCUUAAACUCUGCGACUGCGCCUCCUGGGCCAAACGGGGGCCACAUCCGCAAAAGCUCAACCUUUUCGACGCUGAGUCGUGACUCGGACGCCCCUAGUGGCUCGGCAAGCCCGACACUCACCAUGGCGAAUGUGACAUCUGCGUCUCCUUUCCCUGCUCCUCAGGGGAUAGAACGGCCGGUCUCUAUCCCCGAAUCCGGGAUGUCGUACACCCUUGCGGGCUUUGAGCGACACGAUCCCGGAACAGGCAUGGAACUGAGCGAAACAGCGCUGUCGCCCGUUUCGGAGAGGAACUCGAUGGACGCGGGUUGGGGUCUCGAUGGCAGGACCGCGAGCGCCUCGUCGAGGCUCUCGGGAAGAGGCCACCACCGGCACAAGAGCUCCGCGGACAGCGUAUCUUAUCUGAAGGAGGAGGGUAGCGGAGAGACGCGCUGGGUUAUGGAGAGACGGCGGACAGGGGAGUCGGGUGAGGUGGAGAUAUUACAGAGAGAGGUUGUCGAAGGGGGACGCAUAUGAAGUCGGGCAAUCAUCUUCGCGGGACACUGGGGCCGGCGCCUUCAGACGAACCAAGAGCGGACGGGCUCAUAUUAUUUACUUGGGCGGCUUCGCGGUUGAGGGGUAUCAUCCUCGCUUAUUAUGUUCUACUACUUGGGGGAGGGAGGCAUCGAGUGCCUCAGGCUGGUCUGACGCAUGGCAGGGCCAGAGCGUGUUGUGGCCAGUGUAUGAAAUAGAGGGUGGCUUCAUUGACGCUUGAAACAUGGCAUGCUAAGUUAGUUCUCACAUGUACGUAUGUAUGCAUGGGCCGUCGGCGGUGGCCGUUGGCUCAAAAAC